UCUUUCUUCGAAAAACGGAAGAAAGAGGAGUCAAUCGGUCGGCGCUCAAUCGUUGCGGCGACGGAAGUCAUCUGUGAACAAACGAUUGCCUAAUGCGUUGGGCGACCUGGAUGAAGAGCAUGGCUCAGAACAUAUGCUUCCUCCAGUGUACGAUGGGUCCAACUACAAAAGUCGAGAGCCUUCCAUUAUUUCAAACCAUGAAAGUGGUCGCAGUGACAUUGAAGCACCUGCAGUCCCUCCUCGUAUGAAGAUUCCAUUCAAUGUUCGAGUGCGCUUUGUUGUCUGGAGAAUAUCACAGGCACUAUCAUCGUACGAGUGUAAAUUCACCAUCAAGAUGGCAUUGGCUGUGUUUGUGUUAGCACUGCCUGCGUAUAUUCCUUCGUCGCAAGAAUGGUAUGCUAGUGUUCGUGGACAAUGGGCAGCUGUCACUGUAAUUGCCAUUAUGAACCCCACUACCGGUGGUACUAUCAACGGCUCUUUGUGGCGAGUCGUCGGCACGCUGAUUGGAAGUUUCAUGGGCUGGGCUGCCAUUGCUGCUAAUGGUGGCCCGUACGUUAUUGUAUUGUUUGGCUUCAUACUAUCACUGAUCUUUUUCUACGUCCAUUUGGCCACUUCGUACAAUCGAGUCUGUAUUGUAGUGAUGACUGCCUUUGAAAUUGUUGCGGUGGCUGGACGAGUCAAUCCAUUGCCGGGGGAAACGACAGAGAUGAUGGUAUUAAAACGUACCGUCACCAUGAUUGUCGGCAUUGGAGUGGCUCUUAUCUUCAGUUGGCUGCUAUGGCCGUUUGUGGCAAGGCAUCAGUUGAAGAAAUCAUUAGCAGAUGUCAUCUAUGAGCUAGGAGAGUAUUAUGCCUUCAUCAUCAGUGCAUUUCUUUACGAUGACAUACACCGUGUUCACUCUCCGGAUGAUAUCAAAUCAUGCGAAAAGCAAGAACGAACUUUGCAGAGAGCCAUUGUUGCCUGCCGCGAAUUACUUAAACUCACGCUCCAUGAGCCUGGUCUCAAAGCCCCAUUCCCUACGGACUUUUACGACGAAAUGAUCACUUCGACACAAAACUUACUGGAUCGACUUUGUAACUUAAAAUGUGCGGUGGUUGAUAUGCCCGUUGAAGUGCGAAGAAAAACCAUCAACCCAUCUGUGUACUUAUACCGUCGUGAUAUGACUGCUGCGCUCUUGCUUCAUUUCCAUACCCUAUCUGUUUCUCUCAAGGCCAAACAGCCUCUACCAGCAUAUAUGCCAUCAGCUCGCCUCGCACGUAUUCGGUUGAUGAAUCGGCGACGAGAACACCAUCACGACAGCACCGAUACCAUGGUGCAGUUCAAGUAUUUGACGUGGUUUGCCAUGGCUUCAUCGUCCGAGGAGAUCAUCGAAGAACUGGAACACUUGACUAUCCUUAUUCGAUACAUUACUGGCGAAUCCAAAAACUCUCACCUAGUCAGGACCAGUGGCGUGCGUUUGCAGGAGCGGCAAAAGUGCAAUAGAGGUUUUUACGACGUGGAAGGGAACUUUUAAAUUGCCCCCCCAUCUUUUUGGUAUAUGUAAACUGUAAUUUGUAAUUUAUAAUAGCAUGACGUUUGUAAUGUUACCAGCUACAUCAUGACAAAAACGCAAUGUCACAUUUCCAUGGGUUGAUUAGUUGAGGGGAGAAAAAUAUUGAUUUGCAUUGAAUUGAUGAAAAAGUGGAAUAUAAUACAGCUAAAGAAAGAUUGAAAACACAGCUAAGAGAGUGGACAGAACAAAGUUGUAUAACAGA